UGAUGAGAGAAGGCAACGGUCCAACGCCCAACGGAAACGGUGAAAACGGGGUUGGCGGAAUCCAAACGCCGGGAUUCACCGGAUUUAAACCCGCGGUGUGAGGUCCGUGGCCAACUCUCCCUCCAUCUCUCUCUCUCUUUGCUACAAUUUCCAACAACACUCUCCCGAUAUAGCCCUUGGCUGCCAUUGUCUGAGAAUCUGAGUUAGACACUACUACUAUUACUACCUAGCUACUCGACGACAGAAGAGCCGCCGCCGCCGCCAUAGGCACCGGAUAAGAAAGCAAGCAGCGGCGGAGAAGGAGACGGCGGAGCGAUGGGGAGAUCCAAUCCCUGCUUCAAGAUUAUCACAUGCGGGAGCGAUUCCGUAGUUGAGAAGGAUGACAUUGAUAUCCAAGCUCCCGAGAACAAAGGUUCAAGUGACAAGCGUGGGUGGAGUUUCCGGAAAAGAUCAGCCCGUCAUAGAGUACUAAGCAAUAAUGUCACAUCAGAAUCCCCCUCUACAACAAUCAAGGAAAGCAUAGAACCUGCCAGUCUUAACUAUCAACAACAGGAUACUCCUUCAGUUCCUGAGAAAAUUUCAGUUGUGGAAUGCGUUGAUGAGAAGCCAACAUUGCCAAUCCCUGUGGAAGAGAAAGCAUCCAAGACCAUUACACUCGACAAGGACGAAAAGGAAGCUGAUGCCAAUAUGGAAGAAUCAGUUGUUGUCAUCCUACAGUCUGCAGCCAGAACUUUUAUGGCUAAAAAAGAACUUGUCAGGCUUAAGAGUGUGGUGAAGCUGCAAGCUGUUGUUCGUGGCCACCUGGUCAGACAACGUGCUCUGGGAACCCUACGCUGUGUUCAGGCCAUUACUAAAAUGCAACUAUUUGUACGUGCCCGUCAUGCUCGUAAUCGAGAGUCGAACGUUGACAAUGGGAAAAUGGCUUCCUCAAAAGCCUUGAAAAAGGAACUCUCCGUAUCCAAACCAACAGUAACUUACACUUCACUCGAGAAGUUGCUGAGUAACAGAUUUGCUCGUCAGGUAUCCUGACGAAUAUUUUCUGGUUUCCAUGAUGCUAUUUUGGUUAUGGAUAUGCUAACUCUCCACUCACUGUGAAUACUCCAAUCCUCUUCUUUCACAUUUGCAGCUUGUAGGUUCAACACCAAAGUCAAGACCCAUCAACAUCAAGUGUGAUCCUCUACAGCCAAAUUCCUCUUGGGUCUGGUUGGAGAGAUGGACGUCUGCUUCAUCAGUUGAGCCCACACCAAAACCGGAGCUAACACCAAAACCAAAGCCAUUCCCUGAAAAGGUGGAAGAAGAGAAGCAAGAGGAGCAUUCUGUGGUGUCUGAGAGUUCCCUCGUAGUUGACGAUUCGAGAUCCCACAUUGAGGAAGCUGUUUCUUCGCUCCAAAGUAAAGAAAAUCACAUUACAUAUAAUGCAAGUGAUCCCAAGUUUAAGGAAUGCCAAGCAUCAACCCAUCCAGCAGGAGAUAACUCGGAGCAGCCUCAAAGUUCAGUGGAUAUUCCUUAUGAUGAUGUUAAGGAGACAUCAGUUGACUCAAGUCAUCUUCCAAGUCAGACGUUUCAGUCAGAUGUACAUGGUCAACCGGCCCAAGAAUCCGAACAACCUGAACCCCCAAAACGAUCUUCUAUGAAAAGACUUGCUUCUGAUGAUUUAGAGACUGAAGGAAAGAAGUUUGUUUAUGGAUCGAGGAAGGUUAGCAACCCUGCAUUUGUUGCUGCGCAGUCCAAAUUCGAGCACGGGCUGGGUCCAGCUACCGAUUCAAACAAAAGACACAACCGAGUGCAACAACAAGAUGCAGGACUUGAACUUGAACUGCAGAAAGCUUCCUCUGAAGAGACUCUGGCCGUGGCUAAGGAACCUGGUACCUCUGAACACUCGGUCACCAAUAUGUCAACCGUGCAAUAUGGCGCUUCGGAAUGUGGUACCGAGCUCUCUGUCACCUCGACUCUCGACUCACCUGACAUAUCGGAAGUUGGAGCAGCAGAACUCGAGCACAGGCAAGAAUUGAAAACUUCAGAAGAGGAAACCCACAGCACUAGUGUGGUAAAGAAUGCAGGUGAAGAAUGCAAGGAUGCAUCGGAAGAUCCCUUGCCGAACCCUCCUAAUGUUGUUGUCGCUCAGCCUGAAGAACUCGAUGAUGUGAAGAGCAAAGCUAUCGUUAACUCAGUCCACUCACCCGAGCUAGCAGUACAGCGAGAACAAGAAGAAGCUGAGAGAUCUCUGGGAGCUGCCUCUCCCACCAGAAGCCAAAUUACCAUCCCUGGGGAGUCCCACGGAACGCCUGCAAGUCAAGUGUCGGUAACUAAAAGCGAGAAACGCGAGAGAAGAGCUUCUUCAACUCAGAAAAGGAAGUCGUUGUCUGCUGGUAACAAAAAGUCUGCACCAUCCCCUCAAAGUGAUUCCAACGCGAGGAACAGCGGGAAGCGGAGGAACUCAUUUGGCUCGCCUAAACGAGAUGACAACGCCACCAACGACCAAGAUCCUCGGCCCAGUAACAGCAGCAGCAACAGCAGCUCGGUCCCACGGUUCAUGCAAGUCACCGAGUCCGCAAGAGCCAAGCUUCAGGCUAUUAAUAGCUCUCCAAGAUCGAGCCCGGAUGUGAACGACCGAGAGUACAUCAAGAAGCGUCAUUCUUUACCCGGAGCAAAUGGGAGACAUGAUUCUCCACGCAUCCAGCGGACUGCUUCUCAAACUCAACCAGCUUCAAAGAAUGAGAAAAAGUGGCAGAGGUGAAGAAAUGUAGGAUGAAGGCACAGCCCAUUGAAGGGUUUGUUCAGGUAACUUCCCUUCCUCUUCCGGAUGCUUGAUGACGGGAAGAUUAUAUGAUAUAUUGAUAUACGUACGUAGGGAGAAGCGAGUGGUUUGGAGGAACGAGUAGAUAGGUAACCUGGAGAGCAAGAUGGAGUUUGUGUGUUGUAUAUUUGCUGCUGGGAAUGGAAUUUUUUUAGCGCACAUAAUUACCAGAGGAGAACUCCACAGUCGACACUGUUACUUACAUACAGAGUUUUCCGAUUGAUUGUUUGUUUGUUGCUGUUGUUUGUUCAAAUUUGUCUGCGUGAUAAUUACUUUUUCGCUGUAUUUUGGUUCCAAAUUCUUUCGUUUGUGGCGCUGGAUUAUGUUUAUUGCUAUCUAUUGUAAAACGGAUUUUGUAUUUUAUUACUGCGUAUUAACUGGUUAAUGACUUUGAAAAGCCUGUUUGGUUACGUUGAACAUUUUCGCGAAAUGAUGGUGAAGGUGAUGCCAAUCUGAUUAUUUGUAGUCUCAACUCAAGUCUCGGAA